AUGCUCAGCGCAACACCAACACGGGCGGAGAAUGUCGGCAUCCACGCCAUGGAGAUCUACUUCCCAAAGAAGUACGUAGACCAAGCGGCUUUGGAAACGUUCGACGGAGUGUCCGCUGGAAAGUACACCAUUGGUCUCGGGCAACUGAAAAUGGGCAUCUGCGACGACCGUGAGGAUAUCCACUCCAUCUGCCUGACGGCCGUCUCGUCCCUAUUGGAAAAGUACUCCAUCGACGUAAAAUCCAUCGGCCGCCUCGAAGUCGGCACAGAGACGAUCAUCGACAAAUCGAAAUCCGUGAAGUCCGUUCUGAUGCAGCUCUUCCAGGAUGCCGGAAACACUGAGAUUGAGGGUGUGGACACCACCAAUGCUUGCUACGGAGGCACCAACGCUCUUUUCAACUCCGUCAACUGGAUUGAAUCUAACAACUGGGACGGCCGGUAUGCACUUGUCGUCGCGGCCGAUAUCGCCGUCUACAAGUCCGGCGCGGCUCGCCCCACUGGUGGUGCGGCAGCCGUCGCCAUGCUCAUCGGAGCCGACGCGCCGUUGGCAUUCGACGCCGGCUUGCGCGCCACCCACAUGGAGCACGUCUACGACUUCUACAAGCCCGACUUGCACUCUGAAUACCCCGAAGUCGACGGCCCGUUGUCCAACAAGUGCUACACCAAAGCCGUCGACGUGACUUAUAACCGAUACAUGGCGAAACUCGCCCGCGCGACCGGAAUCGAGAACCCCUCCCUCGACAACCUCGACCACGUCGUGUUCCACUGCCCGUAUACCAAGCUCGUGACCAAAUCCGUCGGUCGCCUCGCUUUUAACGAUUUCCGCCGCUCCCUCGCCUUCACCACCUCCUCCGCCGCACCAUCACCAUACCCCGCGAACUUCGCCGAGCAAUUCAGCACCCUCAGCGAAGCCGACACGUACACCUCCCGCGAGCUCGAGAAGCAGUUCGUCGACUACACAAAACCAAUUUUUAAAUCAAAAGUCCUUCCUUCCCUCUACGUCGCACAGAACCUCGGCAACUCCUACUGCGCGUCCCUCUAUGCCGGCCUUGCAUCGCUCCUCUCCCUCACACCCUCUUCAGCACUGCAAGGCAAACGCAUCGGACUGUUCUCAUACGGCUCCGGUCUCGCCGCCUCCUUCUUCUCCCUCACCGUCCGCGGCCCUACCGAUGCCAUCGCCGCCCGUCUCGACGUGCAGGCCCGCCUCGCCCAGCGCACGGAAGUGGCACCCGAACGAUAUGAUGAGAUCAUGGCCAUGAGGGAAAAGACGCACAACUGCAGGGAUCUCCACCCAGAGGCACCUGUUGAUGACGUCAACCUGUGGGAAGGCGCGUACUACCUCACCGCUGUGGACGACAAGUUCAGGAGAUCGUAUGCGAGGGUCGAGAUUAAGAAGGCGCUGGUUGCCAACGGGCUGGCGACGAAAGCGAAUGGUGUUGCGCCGAGCGUUGCUACUGCUCUGUAG